UAAGUAAUCUUUGCAAUGCUUGAACUUAUCACAAACGAACUAGAUGCUUUUAGUGUCGCAAACAGUUUUCAGUGUUCACACGAUCAAUUCUUACAAAUAAUAGGUAACCCAGCUAGAUGUAUUAAAAGCCUUCAUAUAAAUAUCAAGAGUAUAAAUAAAAACUUUGAUCAGCUGAUAGUUUUUCUUAGCAGGUUGGACUCUAACUCAAAAUUCAAGGGCAUCAAAAGUUUUAUAGCAUACCAACUCACACCAUCUUUUAAUAAUAUUCAAGUAUCUAGAAGAUAUAAACAUUUUGAUUGGCUACAUGAGAGAUUAUAUGAAAAGUUUACUCUGAUACCAAUACCUCCAUUGCCAGACAAACAAAUAUCUGGACGCUAUGACGAACAGCUAAUUGAACGAAGGCGAGUUCAGUUGCAAGAGUUUGUUGAUUGGAUGUGUAAACACCCUGUUCUAUCUAAAUCCGAGGUGUGGCAACAUUUCCUCACUUGCACUGAUGAAAAAAGAUGGAAAGCGGGAAAGAGACAGGCCGAACGAGACAAUCUUUUAGGAUUAAACUACUGUGUAUCUUUAGUUGUACCUGAGAAAGCAUUAUUGCAAUCACAAGUAGAUAAUAUUACAGACCAAUGCCAUACAUUCAUGGGUAGCAUGGACUCGUCUGUUAAAUCCGUAACUAAUAUGUGUCUUAUGCAAACCAAGAGGUUCCAAGGUCCAUAUAAAACUGAUUGUCAAAAGGUCGGUGAAGCAUUUUACAGUUUAGGUAAUGCUCUCAGCCUUGACGAGGGAACUGUUAUAUCUACUUCUAAGUUAACAUCUGCGAUAAAAAUGACAGGUGGAGUUUAUAUAGAAAUUGGUAGAAUGUAUGAAGAACAACCGAAGUAUGACUGGGAACCUCUAGGAGACAAAUUUCAUUUGUACAAAGGCAUUGUAGGUUCCUUCCCAGACGUUCUUGCAAACCAUAAAGGUGCCGUACAGAAGAAGAAAGAGUGUGAAAGGCUCACGGCUGAGCACAAAAUGGAAGUUGCACAAUUAAAUGAAGUGAUGCGGAGGACGGAUGUGAUUCCUUAUGCCCUUCUUGCCGAAAUUAAUCAUUUUAAGUCAGAGAGGACUGUCGACCUAAAAGCUACAAUGCAAAAGUUUUUGAGACAGCAAAUUACUUUUUACAAAAAAAUUGUUGAAAAACUUGAAACAAAUCUUCAUCAAUAUGACGACUAGGCUAGAAACUUCCAGUAAAUAAUUGUGCGAUAUAAUACUACAUAUGAAAGAACUAAUAUUUUAUAUUAUGAUAUUGGAAAAUAUUUUUUAUGUAUCGGUAUUCAGAGGAUUGUUAAACUUAUACAUGUGAUGAAACUUGACUGAGUAUCUGCUAUGAUUUCACAAUUUUUUACUAACAGUGUAAAUACAAAGCUAUGCUUUUCCAACAAAUUAAUUAUUUUUUAUGUUGUAAUUAUUGCUAAAUAUUAAUUAUUUUUUAUGUUUGUUUUAUGUUAUAAACUGUAAUAUUC